CGUCAAGAUGGCGGCUCCCUUGGUGCUGGUGCUGCUGGUGGCCGUCACUGUCCGGGCCGUGCUGUACCGCUCCAGCCUGGCCGGGCUCAUCUCCGAGAGGGUGGAGGUGGCGUCCCCUUUAAAUGCUUGGAAGCGAGUGGUAGAGGGGCUAGCCUUGCUUGAUUUGGGUGUGUCUCCGUAUUCUGGAGAUGUCUUUCAUGAAACACCACUAGUAAUAUACCUCUUUCAUUUCCUGAUUGAUUAUGCUGAAUUGGUAUUUAUGAUAACAGAUAUGUUGACCGCUGUAGCUCUCUAUUUGGCCAUUCAGGACUACAACAAAGUUCUAUUUAAAAAACAGAAACUUCUAAUAGAACUGGAUAAGUAUGCACCAGAUGUGGCAGAGCUUAUUCGAACUCCCAUGGAAAUGCACUAUAUCCCCCUCAAAGUAGCCCUGUUCUAUCUCUUAAAUCCGUACACUGUGAUGUCUUGCAUUGCAAAGUCCACCUGUGCCAUCAACAACACUGUAAUUGCAUUCUUCAUUUUGGCUACGAUAAAAGGCAGUGCCUUCCUAAGUGCUGUAUUUCUGGCUUUGGCAACAUACCAGUCCCUGUACCCUCUCACCUUGUUUGCACCGGCUCUUCUGUAUUUAUUGCAGCGCCAGUUCAUACCAGUCAAAAUGAAAAGCAAAGACUUCUGGUUUUACACUGUGCAGUAUGCAGGGCUAUAUUUGGCAAGCUUGGUGGUGAUUGUUUGCCUCUCCUUCUUCCUUCUCAACUCUUGGGAUUUUAUUCCAUCUGUUUAUGGUUUCAUCCUUUCUGUGCCGGAUCUGACCCCCAACGUCGGCCUCUUUUGGUACUUCUUUGCUGAGAUGUUUGAGCACUUCAGCCUCUUCUUCGUAUGCGUCUUUCAGAUCAACGUCUUCUUCUACACCAUUCCCUUGGCAGUGAAACUAAAGGAGCACCCUAUUUUCUUCAUGUUUGUUCAACUUGCUAUCAUUUCCAUCUUCAAGUCCUACCCAACUGUGGGAGACAUUGCCCUGUACAUGGCCUUUCUUCCACUCUGGAGCCACUUAUAUCGAUUCCUCCGGAACAUCUUCAUCCUCUCCUGUGUACUCAUUGUCUGCUCCCUCCUCUUUCCUGUUUUAUGGCAUCUCUGGAUCUAUGCAGGAAGCGCCAACUCAAAUUUUUACUAUGCCAUCACAUUGACGUUCAACGUAGGGCAGAUCUUGCUCAUCUCGGACUAUUUCUAUGCCUUCCUGCAGAGGGAGUACUACCUCACUCAUGGACUCUACUUAACAAGAAAAGAUGGGACAGAGGCUAUGCUGGUUCUCAAAUAAUCCUGUUAUCCAACAUGAUUCGGAGAACAGACUAAACAGACAGUACUUGGGGUGGGUGGGCAGUUAUGACUGUUGGGAAAGUACCUUUUGCAAACGGAAAAAAGGGCUGCAGUUUGUGUGGGAAUAACCUAAUUUAUACCGUGGUACAAAGAGUUUGGUGCAAAGAACGUAACAAGAUGAGAAGUCUGCCUCUGUGGCCCACAGUCUGUUUUGAAAGUUCUUCUUCUAACCAUAUUUUUGUUGAACGUAAGUUGUCAGCUCUGGGUGAUUCAUCAGGAGUUGGUGAAAGGCAUUUGGACUGCAACAUAGCCUGUAUCUUAAUCACGGGAACAGACAAGGCCAUAAGAUUAUUCUUACAGUUUUGGGGAAUGCUGUUGGAAUUACCUUUCCUUUUUCUGGAAAGACGUAUCUUCAAUAAGCAUUUAUUUGGUUCCUCCUCACACUCUUCUUUUCUUGGACUGGAGGCUCACCUGUCUAAUGUACAAAGUUUCUUGGGCCCUUGAAGAACGGGUAUUGGGCUUCAUAGACUGGAACACUCCACUCACCCUGGAAAAAUGGAGGCCUUAGAUGUUCUGUACUUCAUGAUAAGUGGUUGAUUCAGGGUAAUAAUUCAGAAUGGAGCUGCUGACUAGACCAUCCUUGGAGACAUGGAGAGGUCAACUCCCUUACAUGCAGUCAACAGAAGAGACUUGGGUGGAGCUUUCAGAUGGAUGGAGCGUGCUCAGUUUUCUUUAAGGAAAAUGACACCAUUUACAAAGUCAUUUGUGUGGGUUCUUACAGAAGAGUAACACACAUUUUAUGUAUGUGGACCAGAGAGGCAACAAGUGGUCUCAAUAAACAUUUUAGCUUUUAAGGUUCAUAGAAAGAUCCAGAUACCACCAGUCCUUUUAUUUUGGAAACCUACUGUAUUUUUUCUGAUCUCUGGGAUUUGGGGACAGGGGCUGGAAUGUACAAAAGGGGAGCACAGUUUUCCAUGGGCUCCUUGGAAGGGGUUUGCAGCAAUACACCAUUGCAAAUAUCUAUACAAAGUGUUACUGUCUCAGCAGGAUAAGCGUUAAAUGUGAUUGUAUUAGAAAAGUGGUUCUGCAAAAAUGGCUGCCCUGUCCCACCCGCCUCCAGCGCACAGUGCGUCCAGUUAGAUCUCUUCCCUUCGGUAACCAAGACACAGAUAUUUUUGUUUGGUUGCUAAUUGCUGCUAUUUUAAAACUCUUCUGCCCAGUACAGCUCCAGUUGACUUCUUUCUCUAACUUGUUUUAUAAACCCCCCAUGCCUUUCCUUCACACAGAAGCCAAACAGGAUCCAGCCAAACUCCUAAGGCUCUGAAGGAUUUGACAAGGCAUUCUUUUGUCAGUUAGCCAAAUAGGUGGGACAUAGGCCCCCCACAGCACUUACAACAAAAUGUGUCCUUGCCCCGUUGCCAUUUUUGCAAAGCCAUUCUGCAGGGCACAAUCUCCUUUCUCUUACAAUGGAUUUCUUAUUAAGGAAUUGUUCAUAAGGGAUUUUUUUAAAAAGAGAAAAAUAAAAGAUUCUCGCCUUA